GAAGCGGGGCGCGUCAGUCGUUUCAUGGAAACGCCGGCUCUAUUUUAUUGUCUGGAGCUGUGAUUGUCACGUAUUGUGUUGUGGCAGCGCCUCGUUGUGGCUUGCAGCUGCUGUAGCAAAAGAAAAAUAGGGUGGUGAAAGAAGCAGCUGAAGCUGGGCAGAAGCAGCACGGGAAGCUGAUUGUCGGUGUGUGAAAGUGUCUGUGGACGAAGAACUGCGAUGUUUUCGCGUGAGGUACCGAGUGGUUUAGUAUGGGUGGCACUGUUCCAAGUUUUGUUGAUUGUGUUCGACGUUUCGUGUCACGGUCACAGUCAUCACAACGAACUCAACAAAGAGCGGGUACAGGACGGUGCAGUCGGAUCCAGGGGCCAAAAGCACUUCGAAGCCGAGCAGCACGACACGAGCUUUGAUCACGAAGCAAUCCUGGGUAGUAAAGAUGCGGCUGAGGAGUUUGACCAGCUGCCCCCGGAGGAAGCUAAGGCCAGGUUAAAAGAGCUGGCGAUUAAAAUGGACAAGGAUAAAGAUGGAUUUGUUGACAGGCUUGAGCUCAUUGACUGGAUACUGCGUUCCUUCAAGUUGCUUACACAAGAGGAGGCAGCUGAGCGGUUUGAAGAUGAAGACAAGAAUGGUGAUGGAAAGGUUACAUGGGACGAGCAUGUCAGUGAGGCCUUUGGAUCGCCACAGAAGAUUUCAGACAGCGACAGUGAAGAUAACGACUUGAGGAACUUAGAGCAUGUAACAGUAUUACAAAACCCAAGCCAAUCUCUGUCAAGUCUUGUCGAUUCUGUAAGAAGAAGCCGGAAGCAACUGCUCGAAGAAGAUGACCGUUAUUUCAAAGCAGCAGAUGCAAAUGGAGAUGGCGUGCUGGACAAGAAUGAAUUUCCCAAGUUCUCCCAUCCAUCUGAGUUCCCGGAAAUGCAGGAGACAUUGUAUGAGGAGACAAUGAAACGCAAGGAUGUGGACAAAGACGGCUACCUGAGCCUUGAAGAGUUCACGACAGAAGACCCAGACAAGCCACUCAGCAAUGAGCAGUAUAUUGCAGAAAAGGAGCGGUUUGAGGUGGACUAUGACAAGAAUGGUGACAGAAAGCUCGACAAAGAAGAAACUCUCAACUGGCUGCUACCAGGAAAUGAUGAAGUUGCAGAACAAGAGGCAGAGCAUCUCAUAGCCAAUGGCGACGCUGACAAUGAUGGCAAGCUUUCCAUACAAGAGAUUGUUGACCACCAUGAACUCUUUGUUGGAAGCGAAGCAACCGACUAUGGCGAACAUCUACACAACACCAGCCGAUUCAGUGAUGAACUUUAGGGUCACAUCAUCCCUUUUGUGUGUAUUGUGUGUGUGUGCCUACAUCUUCCUGUGAGUUAGUGGAUACAAACUGAAGCAACUCGAGGCAUGGCUGCCCCGCGUGGGGUGUUUUGUUUUGUUUUGUUUUAUAAACUUUAUUUUUGCUCAUGGAUGUCUGCACCUUGUCAUGUUUGUGUGUCAGGCAGUUAUUUAUCUAUUUGUGGGUGCUUCUGCAGAGUGACUGACUUUAUAGACCAUUCAAGGCCAAGGAUACAAUAAAGAAUCUCUAUGCCUUCUG